AUGGCAGAUGACAAAGGAAAGCCGACAAACAGUGUGGAUGACGGUGAUGACACAGUUGUCAAGUCAUAUCCACUACGUUCGCGAACAGGCACAGGCAGACCCGAUUCGCGAAUGGAGAGAACGGCAGACGAUGAUGGUGUGCGUGACGUAUCGUCACAGCAAUCAUCGUCACAGCAAGCGGGAGAAAAUUCGAUGGUUGAAAUGAUGAGAAUUUUUUUUCAAGAAAGAGAACAGGAGAAACUGGAAAGGGAAGCUUAUAAAUUACAAAAACAACGUGAUAGAGAACAGGAGAAACUGGAAAGGGAAGCUUAUAAAUUACAAAAACAACGAGAUAGACAAGAAAGGGAACAAAAAGAAAGGGAAAAGGAACGGGAGACAGAGCGAAAAUGGUUUGACCUGAAUACCAUGAUUGGUACAAUAAAAAAUCGGUUAGAUAAUAUUGAUGCCAACUUAGAGGCAAGAAUAAGGACAGUCACGGUGGAAUAUAUCUCGGAAUUAAGUAGUAAAGUUAAUGAAAGGAUAGAAGGUAUUCUGCAGAAGGUAGAUGCAUGUGAGAGCACAGUAAGUAACGUGCACAAAGACAUUAAGGUACAAAUCGAAAGUUGCCAGGCAGUUACAACAGAAGUUUCAAAAAAGUCCACUGAGGUCGGAGCUAAAGUAAACAAGCUUGCAGACAAUGUCGUCACUCUGCAAGGCCAGGUCAAUGACCUGACACAGGCGCUAUCCGAAAUAAACAUUGAAAAGAGGGUGAAUGAUGCUGCAGGGAACAACCUGUAUAAUCUGAAAUGA